GAGAGAGGGGGAGAGAGAGAACAGGACAGGAGCAGAGGGAGACGGAGAGAAGAGGGGGCUAGAGAGAGAGAGAGAGAGAGAGAGAGGAGUCCAGGCCCAAAUAAAGCCAUGGGGGCCGGGGCUGGGCUGGGCCCCCAAUUACUAUAAAUACGUUGGCUGCCUGGAGGUUCGGGUUUGGUGGUUGGGGCGUGGGACCAGCGACCACCACAGCUGCAGCCUUCUUCAGGGAAGUCUCCCCUGCCUACUCACCGUCCUCAUCCUCCUCCUCCUGGUCAGCAGUGUUCUGGAGAUCCAAAAUGCCUCGAGUGGAUGCAGACCUCAAGCUGGACUUUAAAGAUGUCCUCUUCAGACCCAAGAGGAGCAGCCUGAAGAGUCGCUCAGAGGUGGACCUACAGAGGACAUUCACAUUCCGCAACUCCAAACAGACCUACACUGGCAUCCCCAUCAUCGCUGCCAACAUGGACACCACGGGAACCUUUGAGAUGGCACAGGUCCUCAGCAAACACACCCUCUUCACAGCCAUUCAUAAGCACUACUCUUUAGAAGACUGGAAAAACUUUGCUGCUAGUCAUCCCGAAUGUUUAGAGAAUGUAGCCGCCAGCUCUGGCAGUGGCAAGGCGGACCUGGAGAAGCUGUGUGCCAUCUUAGAAGCCAUCCCUGCCCUCAAGUACAUCUGCCUGGAUGUGGCCAAUGGAUACUCUGAGUACUUUGUGGAGUUUGUCAAGACAGUCCGAGAAAAGUUCCCCAACCACACCAUCAUGGCUGGAAACGUGGUAACAGGGGAGAUGGUGGAGGAGCUCAUCCUCUCUGGCGCUGACAUCAUCAAAGUGGGCAUUGGGCCAGGGUCUGUGUGCACGACACGAAUCAAGACAGGGGUGGGAUACCCGCAGCUCAGUGCUGUUAUAGAGUGUGCAGACUCAGCCCACGGACUCAAAGGACACAUCAUCUCUGAUGGUGGCUGCAGUUGCCCAGGUGAUGUGGCCAAGGCCUUUGGCGCGGGGGCCGACUUUGUGAUGAUGGGCGGCAUGCUGGCGGGCCACGACCAGUGUUCUGGGGAGGUCAUCGAGAAGAACGGCAAAAAGUUCAAACUCUUCUACGGCAUGAGCUCUGACACAGCCAUGAAGAAAUAUGUCGGAGGCGUGGCUGAGUAUAGGGCGUCAGAGGGCAGGACGGUGGAGGUUCCUUACAGGGGAGAUGUUGAAAACACCAUCCGUGACGUGCUGGGUGGCCUCCGCUCCACCUGCACCUAUGUGGGCGCCGCCAAGCUGAAGGAACUAAGCCGAAGAACCACCUUCAUCCGUGUCACACAGCAGUCCAGCCAAAUGUUCACCCAGUGACCUCCCUCCAGUCACACACACACACACACACACACACACACACACACACACACACACACACACACACACACACACACAUAGAAACUGUAUAAAUCUGUUAUGCAUAGUAUGUGUGUUGUGAGUUCAAAUGUGCAAUGGUAGGAGAUAGUGGUGUAACACAUGGAAAGACACAAACACACACAUACUGUACUGUUCCUCUGUCUGACACACUCACACUCACUCACUCAGUCACUCACACACACACACACACACACACACACACACACACACACACACACACACUUCCAAAUGAUCACCCAACCUGUUUCUCUCAGGACAUUUGCUGUCAAAAAGCUCUUGGUGGUGUGUAAUCUACACUGCAACGUCUCCCAGAGGCAUCAGAGCACUCCAGUCAAUUUAAUUCCAUAGCGAGUGCAUUUACAUGCUGCAUAUACACAAAAUAUUCCAUUUUUAAAUGGGCUCAUGCAAAAAUAUUUGCCAGGAUACUGAGGCAUAUGUACUGAUCUGCAUUAUCACCCCUCCCAGUCAAAAUAUUCCUUUCCUAAGUGAGACACACUUUAUGUAAACACACUCAGCAGGGGAAGGCUGAUAUUAGUGCUAAGAUAAUUUUGGGAAACUGUUCUGCUCUGCAGAGUAAUGAAUAACAGGAUGUGCAAAUCAAUAUGCAAGAUCCAGGGAUGUUGCCCUUGAAAUGUCACUGGAGAUAACUUUGUUGCAAUAAACUGCAUGCAGGAUCCUCUGAUGAUUUCCCCA